CCGCCCGCCUCCCGCCUCCCGGGGCCUGGAGCUCGCGUGGCCCCGGAGCCGCCGGCGCCGCGCGGGGAAUAGCUGUGCAGCACGCCGAGCCCGGACUCGGCUGGCUCCGCUCAGCGCCGGCGGGCGAGAGGAUGCUGGCGGGCUUCCCCGGGCUCGGCCCGCGCUCCCGCCGAGGAGGGCCCCGCGCGCGCCCCUAGCCGCCGCCGCCGCCGCGGGUGCAGGGGAGGGGUCCGGAGAGCUGCGCUCGCCGUCGCCCGCGCCUGCCGGCUCCCGCACGGCCCCUGCACUGCCCCGGCCCCCGAGCCUUAGCCCUAGGGCGGGUGCGCUGGGCCGGCGCCCCGGGAUCUCCCAGCCCUCGUCGCCGCCGCCUCCUUCCCGCUGCGGCCGGGCGCCCGCGGAUGCUGAGGGGCAGCCCUGCGCCUCUCCCGGUCGGAUCCCGGGCCUGACGGCGAGAGAUCGCGCUCCGGCCGGCCGGGCCCCAAGGCACUGGCGGGGCGGCGCGGCUCUGCGGGGAGCAGCCCUCGGGCGCGCCGAUCCCUCCCGCCCCAGCCCUCGCGGGGACCGUCCCGGAGCACGCGGUGGCCGAGUUCCCGCACAGUUCUAGCUGAUCAGUGCUCCCUGUGCCCUGGAAACCCGCUCUGCGUUCCUGCUGGAGGUGGCCGCCUCUCCGCCCCAGCCAAGAAGAGGCUCUUAGCCCUCCCCAGGUCUCAGCGAGCCCUGAGAGGUAGCCCAGUCCAGAGCGCUUCCUCUGAUCCCGGUCCACUUCUCUAGGGCCAGUAGCAGACGCCAGCCAGGAUGCCGAGGAACCAGGGCUUCUCCGAGCCCGAGUACUCGGCCGAGUACUCAGCCGAGUACUCCGUCAGCCUGCCCUCCGACCCUGACCGCGGGGUGGGCCGGACCCAUGAAAUCUCGGUCCGGAACUCGGGCUCCUGCCUGUGCCUGCCUCGCUUCAUGCGGCUGACCUUCGUGCCGGAGUCCUUGGAGAACCUCUACCAGACCUACUUCAAAAGGCAGCGCCACGAGACCCUGCUGGUGCUGGUGGUCUUUGCUGCCCUCUUUGACUGCUACGUGGUGGUCAUGUGUGCUGUGGUCUUCUCCAGCGACAAGCUGGCUCCCCUCGCCGUGGCUGGAAUUGGACUGGUGUUGGACAUCAUCCUCUUCGUGCUCUGCAAAAAGGGGCUGCUCCCGGACCGGGUCACCCGCAGAGUGGUGCCCUACCUGCUGUGGCUGCUCAUAACUGCCCAGAUCUUCUCUUACCUGGGCCUGAACUUCACGCGUGCCCACGCGGCCAGUGACACCGUGGGCUGGCAGGUCUUCUUCGUCUUCUCCUUCUUCAUCACGCUGCCCCUCAGCCUCAGCCCCAUCGUGAUAAUCUCCGUGGUCUCCUGUGUGGUGCACACCUUGGUCUUGGGGGUCACUGUGGCCCAGCAGCAGCAGGAGGAGCUGAAGGGGAUGCAGCUGCUGCGGGAGAUCCUGGCCAACGUCUUCCUCUACCUGUGCGCCAUCGCUGUGGGCAUCAUGUCCUACUACAUGGCUGACCGCAAGCACCGCAAGGCCUUCCUGGAGGCCCGCCAGUCGCUGGAGGUGAAGAUGAACCUGGAAGAGCAGAGCCAGCAGCAGGAGAACCUCAUGCUUUCCAUCCUGCCCAAGCACGUGGCUGACGAGAUGCUGAAAGACAUGAAGAAAGACGAGAGCCAGAAGGACCAGCAGCAGUUCAACACCAUGUACAUGUACCGCCAUGAGAACGUCAGCAUCCUCUUUGCCGACAUCGUGGGCUUUACCCAGCUGUCUUCUGCCUGCAGUGCCCAGGAGCUCGUGAAGCUGCUCAACGAGCUCUUUGCCCGCUUUGACAAGCUGGCAGCUAAAUACCACCAGCUUCGGAUUAAGAUCCUGGGUGACUGCUACUACUGCAUCUGCGGCCUGCCUGACUACCGUGAGGACCACGCCGUCUGCUCCAUCCUCAUGGGGCUUGCCAUGGUGGAAGCCAUCUCGUAUGUGCGGGAGAAGACCAAGACUGGGGUGGACAUGCGUGUGGGGGUGCACACGGGCACCGUGCUGGGGGGCGUCCUGGGCCAGAAGCGCUGGCAGUACGAUGUGUGGUCGACUGACGUCACUGUAGCCAACAAGAUGGAGGCCGGCGGCAUCCCUGGGCGCGUUCACAUCUCCCAGAGCACCAUGGACUGCCUGAAAGGGGAGUUUGAUGUGGAACCAGGCGAUGGGGGCAGCCGCUGUGAUUACCUAGAAGAGAAGGGUAUUGAAACCUACCUCAUCAUUGCCUCCAAGCCAGAGGUGAAGAAAACAGCCACCCAGAAUGGCCUCAAUGGCUCGGCCCUGCCCAAUGGAGCACCAGCUUCCUCAAAGUCCAGCUCCCCUGCCCUCAUUGAGACCAAGGAGCCCAACGGGAGUGCCCACAGCAGCGGGUCCACGUCGGAGAAACCCGAGGAGCAGGAUGCCCAGGCCGACAACCCCUCAUUCCCCAACCCGCGCCGGAGGCUGCGCCUGCAGGACCUGGCUGACCGAGUGGUGGACGCCUCCGAAGACGAGCACGAGCUCAACCAGCUGCUCAACGAGGCCCUGCUCGAGCGAGAGUCUGCCCAAGUAGUAAAGAAGAGAAACACCUUCCUCCUGUCCAUGCGGUUCAUGGACCCUGAGAUGGAAACCCGCUACUCGGUGGAGAAGGAGAAGCAGAGUGGGGCUGCCUUCAGCUGCUCCUGUGUCGUCCUGCUCUGCACGGCUCUGGUUGAGAUACUCAUCGACCCCUGGCUAAUGACAAACUAUGUGACCUUCGUGGUGGGGGAGACGCUGCUCCUCAUCCUGACCAUCUGCUCCCUGGCUGCCAUCUUUCCCCGGGCCUUUCCUAAGAAGCUUGUGGCCUUCUCGACUUGGAUUGACCGGACCCGCUGGGCCAGGAACACCUGGGCCAUGCUCGCCAUCUUCAUCCUGGUGAUGGCAAAUGUCGUGGACAUGCUCAGCUGUCUCCAGUACUACACAGGACCCAGCAACGCGACAGCAGGGAUGGAGACAGAGGGUGGCUGCCUGGAGAACCCCAAGUAUUACAACUACGUGGCCGUGCUGUCUCUCAUCGCCACCAUCAUGCUGGUGCAGGUCAGCCACAUGGUGAAGCUCACACUCAUGCUGCUCGUCGCGGGCGCCGUGGCCGCCAUCAACCUCUACGCCUGGCGCCCCGUCUUCGAUGAAUACGACCACAGGCGUUUUCGGGAGCAUGACAGCUUACCUAUGGUGACCUUAGAGAAGAUGCAGGGAUUCACUCCUGGGCUCAACGGCACUGACGGGCUGCCCCUGGUGCCUUCCAAGUACUCCAUGAUGGUGAUGGUGUUCCUCAUGAUGCUGAGCUUCUACUACUUCUCCCGCCACGUAGAAAAACUGGCACGGACACUUUUCUUGUGGAAGAUUGAGGUCCACGACCAGAAGGAACGUGUCUAUGAGAUGCGACGCUGGAACGAGGCCUUGGUCACCAACAUGUUGCCUGAGCACGUGGCACGCCAUUUCCUGGGGUCCAAGAAGAGAGAUGAGGAGCUGUACAGCCAGACGUAUGAUGAGAUUGGAGUCAUGUUUGCCUCCCUGCCCAACUUUGCUGACUUCUACACAGAGGAGAGCAUCAACAAUGGCGGUAUUGAGUGUCUGCGUUUCCUCAAUGAAAUCAUCUCAGAUUUUGACUCUCUCCUGGACAAUCCCAAGUUCCGGGUGAUCACCAAGAUCAAAACCAUUGGCAGCACGUAUAUGGCGGCUUCAGGAGUCACCCCUGAUGUCAACACCAAUGGCUUUGCCAGCUCCAACAAGGAGGACAAGUCUGAGAGAGAACGCUGGCAGCACCUGGCUGACCUGGCCGACUUUGCGCUGGCCAUGAAGGAUACGCUCACCAACAUCAACAACCAGUCCUUCAAUAACUUCAUGCUGCGCAUAGGCAUGAACAAAGGCGGGGUUCUGGCUGGGGUCAUCGGAGCCCGGAAACCACACUACGACAUCUGGGGCAAUACGGUCAAUGUAGCCAGCAGGAUGGAGUCCACGGGGGUCAUGGGCAACAUCCAGGUGGUAGAAGAAACCCAAGUCAUCCUCCGAGAGUACGGCUUCCGCUUUGUGAGGCGGGGCCCCAUCUUUGUGAAGGGGAAGGGGGAGCUGCUGACCUUCUUCUUGAAGGGGCGGGACAAGCCAGCCACCUUCCCCAACGGCCCCUCUGUCACACUGCCCCACCAGGUGGUAGACAACUCCUGAACGGCCUCAAGCCUGCAACAGUCCAAACUGGGAGCAUUUAUUUUUUGGAACUGAAGGAAGUCCUGGCCUUCCUGGAUUGAAGUGCACACUGGCGGACUUUAGGUUUAGAAAUCUCCUCAGCCUUUGUUUGCUCGUGGAUGUGUGAACUCUGAGGGUGGCCCUGCUAUUCCUCCAUGUGCCUGUAGCGUCCCCAGCGUAGGGGUCUUAGGCGUAGGGCUGAACAGUCCUUCUACAGCCCUCGUUCCAAUCUCUGCUAUCCUUGCCCCUGAGGGGCCCUGGCCACUGUGAGCAGGAGGGUGGCAGAGCUGGGACGAAGCGGCCUUUGCCACUGGGCUGACCGGGACUGUGGAGGGAACACAGGCGGGGAAGCUCUGCUUCAGACGGGGCUUGGUGGGGCGGGACAUGGCUGGCAAACGUUUUGCUCCCAUUCUGAAGGGAGGUCAAGCAGGAUACCUGGUGGUCUCCACGUGGUCCAAGUGAGGUGAGAUGGCCCUCGUCCUGGUGUUUCUCAUCAUCUUGAAAGGUUCUUCUGGAACCCCCGUCCCCUUAGUCAUGAGAGCAGAAAGUGCAAUAUUUCCUUUCACCUGGCAGGGGAGGAGGGGUUUAUUUCUGAAAGAAAAAUAUAUAAACAGAUCUUCUACAUUUAUAUUUUUAAUCUUCUGUUAAAUACACUCCGACAUUGCCUUGCCUUUUGAGCUCUUGCUACAGUCGCCUUUGCUACUGCUUUAAGAGAAUUUACAGGUAUUGGUAAAGAACAAGACUGUUUUAUUAAAAGCUUUAAUCAACUUGAAA